AUGAGAAGUUUAUCAGACAAAUCAACAUCAAAGUACAUUUAUCAGACAUUAUUUCUUGAUGGGGAAAAUAGUGAUAUCAAAAUAUAUGCACUAGAACAAGAGUGGAAACUUCACAAAAUAUAUCUCUCUCAGUCGCCUUACUUUGCCUGCAUGUUCAAUGGUUCCUGGAGGGAAUCUCUUCUGUCUGAAAUAGACUUACAGAUUCCUGACCCAGCCAUAGACACUGCAGCUCUGAAGACCGCCUUUGGUUCUCUGUACAGGGAUUAUGUGUUUAUCAAGCCAGUGGAGGUGGUAGGGGUUCUGGCGGCAGCAUUUCUCCUACAGCUGGAUGGUUUAAAGCAGCAGUGUUUGACUUUGAUGAGUAACACUAUAAGUGGAGACACAGUGUGUAGCUACCAUGAAGCCUGCUGUAGAUACAGUGUGGAGAACCUGAAAGCAGAGUGCUAUAACUGGCUCCUUACCAACAUCCUGACCUCAACCGACCUUGACCUCUUUAAACAAAUCAGUGUUGACAUGAUGAAAAACUUAGUUGGAGAUCCCAGAUUGUUUGUUAUGCAGGUAGAAAUGGAUGUGUACACAGUGUUAAAACGGUGGAUAUUUCUGAAAGAGAAUCCUACCUGGUGUGGAGACUAUAAAUCAAUGCUCUCUGUCAUUGAUGAUUUCUUUAAAAGGGCUGAUGAACCCGACUGUUAUCUAGAAUCUUCUGAAGGACAGACAUACCUACCAGCCUUCAGUCCUAUAAGAUGGCAGCAUAUUGUCAUAGAUCUGGACUCACUGCUGAUACUGGAACAGGACAGGAUAAUCAAUCUAGAGUGGAUUAAGCCUUUAUAUCAUGGCAUGUGGAGAAAAAUGAAAUUAGAACAAUCCAAGGACAAAGGUCCAGAGGAAAUUCCAGAUGAAAAUCAUUUUAAUCAAACCUCCUUAAGGUGUGGGAGACUCCUUAAAUGUGAAGGAGAGUACUGUUGGCGUUGGGUUGGUUAUAAUUACGGAGUAGACAUUUUACUCACCUAUGUUAACAACCUGAUCUUCAUCAAGCGAAAUACUCUCACCCAGCCCAACCCUCACUCAGCUAGCCUGGAAAAAGUCCGAAAUUUUGCCUACAGGCUGACUGUGGCUUCUGUGGAUAAAGAUGGAAAAGUAACGGAGACUAAAACUACAGAGAUCCAGAAACUGUCCCUACAUAAGGAUGAGGAAAUGCUAGCAUUGACCGUCACGAAGGCCUUCACCUUUCCGCUCUAUCUGAGUAUGAAUAUCUUACUAACCGGACAGGUGUCCUCACAACCCGACCAUAUCGAUAUUUGUACCGCGGCCCAGUCCAGGAAACUACAGAACAGCUCAUCUCAAACUUGUAAAGUGAUAACAUGUAAUGCUGAAUCUCAGACGGAAAACAUUGCCGAUAAUGCUAACAAAUCGCUGAUACAGGACGUCUCCUUAUCCAGUUCUACCAUUAAACUCUGUAAUAAAGGGAAAGUGGUCAGCGACCCUCGACAUCCGAAGAAAAAGCUCUCACUAAUCAACCAUAAAACUAGAAGUGAUGACAGUAAUCCGGCAAGCUCAGCAGCUACAGUAGAACUCUUAUCAUCGACGACUUCUCAAGCAAACGAAUCCGAAAAUACGGACACAGAUAGUGCACCUUCAGUUUCUGUAAAUAAUGAGAAACGUGCUCUAAGGUACCCUGAGGAAGAAUUCGUCCUGUGAUGUCAAAGGUAUCUUCUGAUCCCCGCAAUGGAAGUAUGGAGGCGAUUAUUAUAUAAUGUUGAACUGAUGCAUACGGUGAGGGCUUUGCAAAGCUAACUUCUAAUACGUACGUAGGACAGAAUGAUUUAUAGCUAAGGCGAAGAGGCAAAACCAUAUUAUUACUAAAGUGUUUGUUUAUAUAAAAAAAUACAAUUGAAAGUUAUGGCAGUAUGGUAAGCCAGAAAAAUGAAAUGCACAUGACAUUUGUUUACUUUAAAAUGGAAAUAUAUGCAAAGACCAAUUUCACUUUAUUUCUUUUUAAGUAUGCAUUAUGUUUACUUUUUACAAAAAGAAAAAAAAAAUCAACAUGCAUUUCCCCCCUCUCUCUAAGGGACUUUAUUUCCUCUAUGAGGUACGGAGACAUUGAUUGAUAUGUACGGCUGUACUUGAUUAGUCUGUGGCGAUUUAUGAUCCCCUCGAAGGGAUAGCCGCGUAUCAGAGAAGCCCACCAAAGAUGUAAAUACACGCAUUGUAAUUGUCUGAGAUUAAAUGAGUUGUAAGGCUCUUGAUAGUUAAAAAAGAGAUAUAUUUGGUAUUAGACGCAGAUGGAACGAUGUAGUAAAAUACCAAAUAAGGGGGGAUGAAUUUAUAAAUAUAAUUAAGUUAAUUUUUCAAUUAAAGUAAAUUACGACAUUCAUGUGUUCACAAAAAAAAACUGGAGGUAUAAAAGUCACCUCAGUGAUAAUUGAUAUUAAAAAGAUUUCAAUGAGUUCUCAAAGAAGUGAGCAUUUGCAAUGCGGUAGUAAAAAAGGGUAUGAAUUAUAUAUUCAUUUAAUGGUGUUGAAAAAAAAUAAUAACAACUGAGUUACUGAGUGAAUACAUUAAAUAAAUAAAAGCCUGAAUGAGUAAUAUUAAAAAGAGAUUAGAUUUCUAAUUGAAUAUAUGUUUAAAAUCAAGAGGUGUCAAAAUGAAUGAUAAAACAUUGAAUUGGAAUAA